UGAAUGAUCUGUAAUGUUUUCUUUAUUGAUUCAUGUUUGAUCUGAGAGCGUUUGAUUUUGAGUCCAAGUGAAAUGGUUUUGCGGUGAUUGUUUGAUUUUGAUGGAAGAGUCAGAGGUUUCCAGAAUUUACUUUGAGUAUUUGGAUUUUUGUAUAAUGUUUUAAGAAAAUUAGUGAUGGUUUCAAGAAACGUGUUUAGCUAUUCAGUAAAAACUGUAAUAUAAACCAGUCAGCCAUCAGCUAUGCUGUCAGAACUGUGUUUUUCUCAGAAACGUUUAAGCAACAGGAAAACUGUAAACUUGUUUUCAUUAUUUUAUUAAUUCAAUUAUAUAUAGAUAUACCUUCAAAGUUUCCAGCUAACAUGCUGCAUAAGUUCAAUUAUUUUUCCAAAGACACAAAACGGUUUUGAUUAACUCAUGCCAGUUAAAUCCGAUUUAAAAAAAAAAAAAAAGUUUUCUCAUACGUUCCCAAGAAGCGCCCCGCAACCAAGACUUUUAUUUUGAAACAGUUUGUUUACGUCUGAGUGUGCGUCUUGCGUCACGCCGUCGCUCGACUCGAGAAGCAGCGUCGAGGUCUUCGUACCACAAACAGCUCAUGUUUUGGGUUUGUAAAGUUUAAAAAUGACGGUGUGCAACUUCUUUCUUCAAGGUCGCUGUAGAUACGGAGACAAGUGCUGGAAUGAACAUCCAAGAGGCGGAAGAGGAGGAGAUUUCAGAGGAAACCAGCAGCCCAGCAGAGGAGGUUAUGGGAACCGUGUGUGGAUAAACCCGUCUCAGCGCAGCGGUGGUGAUUAUGUGCAGCAGUCCUCGUUCUCUCGUGACGGUAAUAACGACUGGAGCCGAGGAGGAGGAGGAGGAGGAGGAGGAGGAACGCCACGAGACGUCAAGAGCUCCGACUUCAGCUUCAGCAGCCAGAACAGAUUCUCAGCGCUCACCUCACACACUCCUUCUGAGAAAGAUGCACAGAGCUCCACGGAUGAUGUGGACACCAUCCAGAAAGACAUGGAGGUCUGGCAGACUUCGGGGCAGUGGCCGUUCUCCUGUUAUUCUGUCCUCCCCGGCAAGCUUUCGGGGUUUGUGGAGGUGUCUCCUGAGGAGCUGAGGCUGGAGUAUUACAGCGGCCGAGCGUCUGGUGAUCUACAGGCUUACAUGAGCUCGGUUCAGCAGCUGGCGGAUCAGUGGAGGAGCAGAGUCCAGGAGCUGAGGAGCAUGAGCAGCUCCACUCGGAUCAGUGUGAUCUCCGAGCUCAAUAACCCCAGUCUCCAAACAUCCACCCCCGGCUCCGGCUUUGGCUCCACCGCGUCAGGGUUUGGAGCCACCUCUUCUUCAUCAUCCUCUUCAUCGACCGGCUUUGGAGCGGCAGGGUUUGGUCAGGGCUCUCAGAGCAGUAGCACGUUCAGCUUCGCCCCGUCUAAGACUGGCUUCGGAGCGGCGUCGAGUACCCAGCAUGCCUCUGGUGUAGUCAGCGGUGUGUUGGCUCAGCCCUCGUCAGGUUUCGGCUGCGCUCCUGCUGCGUCUGCGUCCUCCUUCUCUUUCUCCGAGCCCCAGGCCAGCUCUGUGUCUGUGUCUGUGUCCUCGUUCAGCUUCCGGCCGUCUCCUGGCGAGUCCUCGGCGUCCGCUGUGCUUCAGAGCGGCUCCAGCGGUGUGUUCGGAGCGGACACGGCUCUGUUCUCCACCCACACUGACCUCACAGCAGAGGAACUGAAGGAGUUCACCUCCAAACGCUUCACGCUGGGACAGAUCCCUCUCAAACCGCCUCCUGCGGACCUCCUGGUGCUCUGAUGGGCUUGUCUUUUAAUGCUGGAUUAUUAAAUGUGUUUAUGGACCCAGA